CACUGACAAAGGAAAAAUGCCAGUGGUGCAGUGUGAAGAUUUAAGGUAUUCGCUUAGUUUUCGUAAUAUGAAUUUAUAUGCGAAGAAGACACAAAGAAAUUCGAUUAACAUGUGGCGAUAGUACGCCCAGUCUGUAGGCUUAGUGUGAGCUUGGGAUCAAUCCCCGAGGGGAGGCCUCGCAGUCCGUGAAGCGGAGACCGGCCGACCGUCAGGAUGACGGCCACUCUGGAGGCGAGCUACCAGCCGCUGCAGCCCUUCGGGGCUGACCCGGCGGACACCGGUGACGAGACGCCCCAGGAGAGCGGAGUCAUGAUCCACGUCGUGCCCGAGAGUGGCCGCGCACGCUGGAACCACGUGGAGGACCUGGAUGCGUUCUUCACGCGCAUGUACCACUACCACCAGAAGCACGGCUUCGCCUGCAUGAUGCUGCAGGAGCUGCUCGAGCUGGGCCAGUUCGUCUUCGUCGCCGGCUUCGCCACCUUCCUGCUGCACUGUGUAGACUACCCUGUGCUCUUCAGGGGCAAGAGCGACGCGACCAAGGUAUCGCUGCCGGACGCGGUCGUGGUGGGCGGGGAGUGCGUGGCGCAGGUGGCGCCCGUCACGUGGCUCUGCCUGUUCGUCGCGGGAGUCUUCUGGCUGCUGCGUGCCGUCAAGGUGGCCUACCACCUGGUCCAGUUCUGGGACAUCAAGGCCUUCUUCAACAGCGCCCUGCGCAUCCCCGACUCGGAGCUGGACAACUUGACGUGGCACGAGGUGCAGCGGCGCGUGCGUGAGGUGCAGCGCGAGCAGCAGAUGUGCAUCCACAAGCAGGACCUCAGCGAGCUUGACAUCUACCACCGCAUUCUCAGGUUCAAGAACUACAUGGUGGCGAUGGUGAACAAGUCGGUGCUGCCGCUGCGGUGGCGCGUGCCCUUCCUGGGGGAGAUUGUCUUCCUGACACGCGGACUCAAGUACAACAUCGAGCUCCUGCUCUUCUGGGGCCCGUGGGCGCCGUUCGAGAACAGCUGGCACCUGCGCGAGGACUACAAGAAGGCGGCGCGGCGGCAGGAGCUGGCGCGACAGCUCGCCACGCACAUGCUGUGGGUCGGCGUCGCCAACUUCGCCCUCAUGCCAGUCAUCACGCUCUGGCAGAUCCUCUACUCCGUCUUCAACUACACGGAGAUGAUUAAGCGCGAGCCGGGCAGCCUGGGGACGCGGCGCUGGUCGCUGUUCGGCCGGCUCUACCUGCGCCACCUCAACGAGCUGGAGCACGAGCUCAACGCACGGCUCAACCGUGCCUACCGCCCCGCCUCGCGCUACAUGGGCAGCUUCACCUCGCCACUGCUCACUGUUGUCGCCAAGAACGUCUCCUUCAUGACGGGCGCCUUCCUGGCCGUGCUGCUGAUCCUCACAAUCUACGACGAGGACGUCCUGACUGUGGAGCACGUCCUCACUGCCAUCACCGUGUUUGGUGGCAUCAUCGCCUGCUGCCGAUCGUUCAUCCCAGAUGAGAACUUGGUGUUCUGCCCCGAGAAGCUGAUGACGGCGGUGCUGGCCCACGCACACUACCUGCCCGACAGCUGGCGCGGCCAGGCGCACACGGCGCGAGUCCGCGACGAGUUUGCCCAGCUCUUCCAGUACAAGGCGGUAUAUGUAUUGGAGGAACUGGCUUCACCGCUGGUGACGCCGUUCGUCAUCAUCUUCCUGCUGCGGAGGCACGCGCUCGACAUCGUCGACUUCCUGCGCAACUUCACCGUCGAGGUGGUCGGCGUCGGCGAUGUCUGCUCAUUUGCCCAGAUGGACGUCCGCCGACACGGCAGUCCCGCCUGGCAGGCAGGCGCCCCCGAUCCGGAUGUCGGCGCGACCCCGGCUCGCGACCCCUACGCCCAGGCCGAGGACGGGAAGACGGAGCUGUCGCUGGUGCACUUCACGCUGACCAACCCCGAGUGGCGGCCGCCGACGGCGGGGGCCCGCGGCUUCGUGGCGGCGCUGCGCGAGCGCGUGCUGCGCGACGUGGGGGCGGCCGGAGGAGUUGCGAGACCGGGCGGCGCAGUGCCCGCGACCGUCGCCCCCGACGCCGAAGGCCGGGUGUCGCCCGACACGGCGACGGCGGCCGCUCUGGGCCUGGGAACCCACCGCCUGCCGGACCCCGCCUACGACUACUCGGAGUCACUCGGCUCCAUCUCCGGGCUCGGACUGGGGCUGAACAGUGUGGUGGCGAGUGCACUUCGCCACACUCUCGCCAAACCUGACCCUCUGCCGAGUCUGGUGCCCACGUUCGGAACACUGCCUUCGCAGCACCAGCUACAGCGACAGCAGCAGCUGUCGACGUCUUCACAGCAGACUUCGGCGAUGGUGUCAUCGCAGCCGCCGGCAAUGCGGGGCGGCCUCAACCGCGCUGAGGGUCCGCUGCUGCACCCGGACCGCGGCCUCCUGUACAGCCUGAACCAGCAGGGGCUGUCGAUGGGCGCGUCUGUGUUCGGCCCCGCGGGUGAGGCGGCGGCAGUGGCGGCCGCAGCUGCGGCCGUCGGUGGCGGCGGGGGCGGAGCGGCGGGCCCCGAAGACCUGCUUCUGCUGGCGCCGGGGGCAGAGGGCACGGCGGCCGACAUGAGCCUCAGCGCGCUCUACCUGCACGAGGUCCACCACCGCCUGGUGCACCAGGGAGGUCGACUGGAGGCGGCAGUCGGUGUCGGCAGCGGAGGUGGGGGGGCGGUCUCCGGCACAGUGGGGGUGGGGGCCGGAGAAGGUUACCAGCAGAGCAGCGCGCCCGACCUCUGGACGACGCACUCCCCGCGCAGUGUCGAGACCACCCCGCUGCUGGACCCGGGCAGUCGCGGGCACCUCCACGGCCACGGACCUCCUUCGUAGUACCGGGCACUGCAGGACGUGUAACGGUCUUCCUCCGAGGCCUCGGAAGUCGCGGAUUGCGGACGCCCCGCCCUAUGUGGCUGCAGGCCAUGCUCCACACCUCCGCCUCCCGAUCCGGUGCCGUCGGACACACUGCCGCCGCGGUCUGCAGGUCGACGGCACCCCUCUGUCUGCUGCCCGACGGGUCGAACCGGUGGCGACUGGUGCGUGGGAGCCGAUUAUAGAGUUGCACCAGAAGUGGGGGCGACCCGUGUUUGGAAACUUAAAAAACUGUAAAGCUUCGAGUGACAAUUUUUAUCCCGACUGCCAGCUUAUUUGCCCGUCCGUGUCUCGAGAAAAACUUUCCCAGUCUCACGGGCGACACAAAUAAUAAUAAUUAUUUUCUUUUCUGUAGGUAUACCCACAUAAACUGUGUACAGAUGUCGUUUCAAAGUUUUCAUCUCCAGCAACUACGUGUAAAAUUGUCUCGGUGUUCUGUCCGUAUCGCACAUUCGAGGUAGAGCUGGAGGUUCUGGAGAUAUUCGCUGUCUCCUCCCUUGGGACCUGGAGAGACACUGAAUGGAGUAAAUCUUUCUCCCCUGUGCUCUCGAGUCAGGAUUACGGAACGAAAGCAAUACAGGCUGAUCAAACCCAGUACUACCUCUUUCCUGUGAAACUGAGUUUCUACUUCUGACGUUCUGCGUAAGGUCUGUGUUAAGUGCUACUGUAGCUGCUUUCCUUGUUAAAAUUAUUACUUCACAUGUGAAGUUGUAUCAGUCUUUUAUUGCAGACUUCCAGUGAGAUGAAGCACAAAAAGAGAUCUUUUGUUUCAUUGAGGGUAUGAAGGUCUUAUCUUGUGUUUCAUCAUGCUCUAUAACAAAAAAGGUCAUAGGAGUUUCAAUGUGACACAGUAAAUUUAACAGAGACCUCAGUGAAAUGUAGGAUCGGGUGCUAUAAACGGAGCAUCGUCAUCAAGAUUUCCGCCUAUUAACAGCUUCCUGAAAGUGUUGCAGUCUCCGUAUGAUCCCGUUCCAGACUAAGUGGUUUUGUAGUCUGAGGCUUCCUCUUCCACUUCAUCAGGCAUUUUUAGCCUUCUCCUUUCUAUCUUCUCGUGUCCUUUGCCACACUUCUGAUAACUAUCAAGAGAAUGCCCUUUUCCUUGCAGUAUUGCCCCACCCGGUUUGCAUUACUUUUCUCGAUUGGGUUUAGUAGAGUUCGUCGUUCUUUUAGCCUUUCCAUUACUCUACUGUUCUUCACUUCACACACCCAUUUUAUUUUCACUAUUCUCCUCCAAAUUCAUAUCGUGAAUGUUUCAGUUUCAUCUCUUUCUUUCUUCUUCAGUGUCCAGCUUUCCUGUAAUACAAAAGAAACACUCCAAACAAAACAUUUAACUGGCAUUUUUGUGCUUAAUAUUUUGCCUCCUAGUGUCAGAGAUAUUAUCACAGGGUUGAGGCUGAGAUAGUGCAAGUUGAACUGUUCAUAAGUACCAGUGCAGUGGUCAGGCCGUGACUCGGCCACUUCCCCGAGGUCACGGCAUCUCGUGGACUGUGUAUUUAGGAGCUUGGGGUGGGGGAGAACUAGCACUGUUUGUUUUAUUUAGCACUCAGUCCCACAGUGUGGCUAACAUCGAUGCUUCUUCUUUUCUGUUAAAACUGUUUUUUGUUUUUGUUUUCAAUUUUAAUGGCCCCUCUGCCCGUCGUAGCACAAUAAAGUUCAGCUUCGGAUGAAACCGCAGUAUCGGAGAAACAAAUUUGGUGGUUCUCUAGCUCUAGGGCACCAUCGUUGCUACUGCCAAUUUAUCCGUGUCCCCCAAAUGACAAUUGCUCUCGUGCUCCUAAAAACGAGGUGUUACAAAAUUCACCGAGCACUGAAAUACUAGCCGUAAAAGGCUAAGGAAUUGUGUGAAACCUGGUGGUGGCGGUUUCUCCAUAGUACUGAUGCAGUCCAUAGGGGGGAGAGGUCGCUGCCGACAUUGCUGUCCUGAUAGGAAGCUGGCACUGUGUGAGACACACUUGUCAGUCCCGGCAGUUGACCACCACCUGAUGAAGCAAAUGGCCGCAUCUUUGAAAGCUGGAGUUUGAGCUCGGAUGUUACACAACAUAGACACCGAGAAAGUUUUACACCUCUGUACAAAUGUGACUACUGCAAUACUUUUGCCUAAUGCUGUAGGUGCCUAGUGCGUACAUCACGUUGCCAGAACAUACACUGCAAAGCUCUGUCUAAUUUGUGCGGCACUUCGAAGUUUGAAGAAACUAUUCACUGCAAAUUACUGAACAGCACUUGGUUCCACACUUCCCACUGUGGUGAUGUUAUGGUGACAGAGUUGUGUUCGGAAUACCUUGCAUAGGAUAAGAUUUUGAACUGAAGAUGUCGUUUGAGAGGUUACAAAGUGAUUCUUCUGUGAUGUGCUAUUUGUAUGUUUGACUUCCUGUACACAGCUGCAAUAUUUUUAUGCACAAACUAAUAUUUCGGCUGGCACAAUCGCGGCUACUUCAUUUCGUGUCGUUUGUACACGUACCUGUUAAUCUUAUGUUUCUGGUCGGCAUUUGUGGUAAAUCGGUGAAAGGAGGGUAUUGGAAGCUUGCUGUGAUUAAUUUUUCUCGUGCACUGUUUCUAAUGUAAGAGUUUUUAAAGGGGUUUUCAUAUGACUGUUUUUAUGGACAUGACUCAUUAUUAUUAUUAUUAUUAUUAUUAUUAUUAUUAUUGUAGUAUUGUGUUUCAUUUUGUUUCACUUUAAGUUUUGAGCUGUCUUCAGUGUAUAUACUUAGAAUGUAGUAUUACCAACUUGCCUCAACUUAAUUUUUUUCUGUGGAUGGCACUGUAAGAUUUAAUUAAUAACUGGAGUGUGUGUAUUUCACAUUUACAGAUGGCAACAGAGAAAUGUUUUGUAAUAGCAGAUGUUAAUACUUUGUUGUUGAGAGUUGUGCAGUACAUAUUCUCUUGUGUUCCUAUCCCUUUAGUCUUUCUGUAUGCUUAAUAAUGAGUGUGGAAGAAAUGAGGCAACUUUAAUAAUUAAUCAGCUAGCUGUAGUGCAGUAGUUGUAGGCUGAAAUGCUGUGAUUUUUUUUAAAAAAAGAAAAAGUACUGUGCAAAAUUUCACAUUCACUACACUCGAUUAUGUUGCGGUAUAUCUGGCAUGUGCAGCUGCGUGACACUUUGCUUCCACCUCACGUGUCGUGUCGUGUCGUGUCGUGUUGUGUCGUGUCGUCUCGUGUCGUGUUACUUGCCAGUGCAGAGGAUCUCCACCCCCCUACGGUCCACAGACAUACAAACAACUCGACCGACAGCAUAUUUUUCAGCAUGUCGAGCUCGUUUCUGCAUCAAGUGCACCUCGGCUCUGUCCUGCAGUCUCGAAAUAGAUCUCUAGUGUCAGAUGGCUCACGAAAACAGGUAGUCACGAGGUUUUUCAGUUAGUGAUAGAGGAGGGGUCACAUAUGAAUUACUGCUCUUCACCUGUGAUGUCAGUUAAUGAAAUUUAAUGUGUUUAUAGAAGCAAAUGGGGCAUGGUGGCAGUUAAACCAGUUGGCCGAAAAAAACAGACAGUGAAGUACUGUUUACUUUGUAGAUGUAAAACUCUUACUCCCUCUUCACAAAUGAGUUUCAUUUUUGUUUCAUCUAAAACAUCUUUCACAUAAGUCUUAAUGCUGUGUUUGACUAAUCUGAUAAACCGUAGCAAUGACAUCACUUAAUACCUCCCCUGUUUGAUUUAUUUUUUAAUGUGCAAUUGGUUUCAGUCAAAAGUCGUAUCCGCCACCUGCCGUACAUGACAUGGAUAAUGGAAAAUUUCAGAUGAAAAGGAUAUUUGAAAAUUUUCGUUACAAUACAAACAAUACUGAGAGUUACUUGUUAACAGCAGAAUUUAUAUAUAAAACAAUGUCAAAAAUAUAAUAUUUGUAAAGAAAUAAUGUUUAGAUGUACAGGACUAGAUGCAUGGAUUGCCAGUUAUAGAUAUCUGUCCAAGGAACACUGAAUAGAAUGACAAAGAAUCACAACCUAACCUUAGUGAAAAAAUUUGUACUGGAUAAAACUAAAGAUAAUGCUGUUGUUUUAUAUAAGGCAUGGAAGACCUAGAAGCUGCUAAAGAACCAAAUUCUGUUCUGAACAAACAAGUCGAACUGAAAUACAUAAAAAUAUUGAAAUUUUUUGCUAUAUCUUGUUUUGAGGGUAAUACUUUUAGAAAGAGCACAGCGACUGUGGCCUUUUUACGUUAAGUGUUUCAACCAACUAAAACUCUUUGUCAUUUUACUUUGUGUUUUCCUUGGGUGGUUGUCAGUCAUUGGCACUCUGUGCAUCUGUCUCUGCUUGGCUAAACAUUAUUUCUAAAUAUUACAUUUUUGAUUGUAUGUAUAACUCUUACUGUUACCAGAAAUCUGUAAAUAUUUCAUGUAAUUUUACUACAAUUAUGAAAUAUUCUUUUUCAUCCAAAAUUUUCCCAUAUCCACAGCAUACGUACGACAAGCACUGGACUAAGAUCUUUGACCAAAUAUAGUUACAAAUUUAAAAAAUAAUCAAACAGCACCUUAGAGACUUAAAUAAUGUCAUUCCUAUAACAGUCUUAGGUUUCUUCAGUGGUCUGUGAAGGAAACAAAAGAAAUACUUGCAUGUUUAACUUUAUAUAUCUUAUUCUAAGAUAUCUAGUGUUGCUUAAGAGCAGUUUAAAGUCAACUUAAUGUUUACAAUAUUUACGAAUAAAGGUCAAAAAGUUGAUCAGUUACUUUACGUCUCUAUCUUCUGUGUUUGCCCGAUGGCAGACAGGUAUAAUUUAAAUGUGUUGUCGAUAGUAAUACAGUUUGUAUUGGGGAUAAUUGACGUCGCAAAUGUAGUAGGCCACAAAUUCACAACUGGAAGAUCCUCGAAAGCCACUGCUGCCUGUGCGAAGCACCCAGGUAAAGGAAUUUUCGUUCGUGUAGUGUCCGAAUGAAAUUCUGCACAGUAUCUGCGAGGCACUGACUAAUCUACUUUUAUGUACACAAACAGAUUUUUCAAUAUUUUUAGCGUGCGUGUGCGCUUACUUACGCUGUGUAUUUUUAAACUCGCAGAUAAGGCUGUCGUCUAGUAAGUGAGAGGCUUCGGCCGGCAAGUACAAACGUGCAGGCGUUUUAUAUGUACAUAUAUUUAAGAUGGCAAUUGUUCAUUAAAAUGUGUGGUUUUUCUUUU